UAAAUCCAUUACCUAUUUACAUUAUUACAUUUUUGCAAAUGUCUUUAACAUCUGGCUUCAUAAAAGGCUUUCACAUUUUCGGUGUUGAGGCUGUUGGUGAUAGCACGCGUCAUGCAGCCCCACCCCCAGAGGCCUCUGCUCUGAGAGGGUGGAGAAAGGCAGAUACUAGCUUAGAGUUCUCAGGAAGUUUUGCCUGCUGAGUUGUGUUCUGAUGCUUCAGCAUCAGUGGGCUUUAGGGUAGCCUUAAGGAAAAACUCUGGGCGCUUGCUUGUUGGCAUUUUGGUGAGGGCCAGGUCUGUGCAAAAGGGACAUUGAACAUUGUUCCUUUCAAGAGCAAGAGGGGCAGGAUCCAUUGCCCUGUGGGUUUAGGGUGGGAGGAGCUGUAGCCCUGCUGAGCCCCUGGUAGGUUUUUAGAUCUUAGGCAGGUUCAGAUUUUUGGCUCCCUUUCAGCUCUUGUGUGUGGCGUGCAUGUCUGUAUACUGAUGGUGUCCUGGGCUUUCUUACUUUGCUUUAUCCUUCCUCUUAAUUUCUUCACCUACAUCUUGUUAUCCAUUUAUGUAUAUCUGUAAGUUAUAUUAUAAUUCUGUUUUUAUAAAUUGUCUCUUUAUUUGCACAAGAUUGAGUAUAAAUCCUAAGUAAAAAAUAUCACCUUGUCAUAUUCUCUAAAGCCAUUGUGUAGAAACCUUAGCAUCUAGUAGAUUAUAGUCCGUUUUCAUUUACAGAAAUUAGUGAAUCGCUUUCUUUUUCAGUGUUGCUUUCAUCAAGUAACCUUAGCUAAGUGGAAACUUAACCAUCGUAUAUCUGGAAGUAUUAAGAUGUUAUUCUGUUUCGUUAUAUACUAUAUAUAGUACAGUUACUUGGCAGUUUUGUUAUUUAUUACCUACCGACAGCCUCUGCCCUAUUUUUCAUUUUAUUUCUGUCUCGUGUACACAGACAUUCUUGUUAGUAUUAUCGUUGUUGUUUAGUCAUAACGGGCUUUUUGUGCCUGCUUGUGAAACUGUUAUAAGUUUCUUUUAACACUAUUCUUAGUUACAUGAGUAUGUUUUCCAUUAGUGUGGUUCUGCUGAUUUUAAACUGGGAAAAACUUAAUAAUGUUUCCAAACCACACAGCCUCCUUCUGGUCAUUAGAGCCUGAACUUGAAGCCAAAGAGGACCCCUGCAGAUGGGUCCCGUGGUGACGUGAGCGCCUUGUCUCAUUCCAUCAGAGGGCUAGGUGUGUGUCACAAAGACAGUACUGAGAUUUUUAGGAAAAAAUACUUACACUUCAUGCAAAGUGAACUGGGUAGAGAUCAAAAUGCAUUUUGUAUAAAAUAUUAUAGUUUUUUGAAGAUUAGAAGACAUAUUUGUUACUAUAUAGCUGCUGUCAUUUCAGUUUUUAGAAGAUGGGGCAGCCUUUUUACGUGAUGAAGAGCAAGGCUUUGUCUUCUAUAAUUCUGAGGUGACGUUGACUCACCCAGCGAGAAAACUAAGUCCAGUUGAGAUACAGGCGUUAGGGGUAGAGGCCGAAACGGACCCUGGAGAGGCUUCAUUGGCUUUCCUGCUUCUUUUGCAUCCCGAAGCAUAAGCUUAAAGCAUCUCAGAAGGACAAGGUCCGCCAGUUCAUGGCGUGUACGCAGGCCUGCGAAAGAACUGCCAUCUACUGCUUGACGCAGAAUGAGUGGAAACUGGACGAGGCCACGGACAGCUUCUUCCAAAACCCAGAGUCGUUCCACAAGGAGUCCAUGCGGAGUGCAGUGGACAAGAAGAAGCUGGAGCAGCUGUACGACAGGUACAAAGACCCACAGGAUGAAAAUAAAAUUGGAAUUGAUGGGAUCCAGCAGUUUUGUGAUGAUUUAAACCUAGACCCUGCCAGCAUCAGCGUUUUGGUCAUAGCGUGGAAGUUCAGGGCAGCAACGCAAUGUGAAUUUAGCAAAAGGGAAUUUCUAGACGGCAUGACAGAGCUUGGGUGCGAUAGCACAGAGAAGCUAAAGGCUCUUCUGCCAAGACUGGAACAAGAGCUUAAGGACACAGCGAAGUUUAAAGACUUUUAUCAGUUUACCUUUACCUUUGCUAAGAACCCUGGGCAAAAAGGUCUAGAUUUAGAAAUGGCUGUUGCAUAUUGGAAAUUAGUAUUAUCUGGAAGGUUUAAAUUUUUAGAUCUUUGGAACACGUUCUUACUGGAACAUCACAAGAGAUCGAUUCCGAGGGACACUUGGAACCUUCUGCUAGAUUUUGGAAACAUGAUUGCAGACGACAUGUCUAACUACGAUGAAGAAGGAGCCUGGCCGGUUCUCAUAGACGACUUCGUAGAGUACGCGCGGCCAGUGGUCACCGGCGGGAAACGCAGAAAUUUCUAGGCGGGCAGCGGAGCCGGGUCGAGAUUGUAAAGUGGGCGGCACCUGCGCAGCCGCUUGAGGAGCAGGCCCCACCCCGGCCGGGCGCGGGGACCGGAGCAGCCAUCCGUCCUGCGUCCUGCGUGCGGGCCGCGCCGCGAGAAGCUCCUCCGCAGAUAGCUGCUUUGGGGUGCCUGGAGAGUGGUCUUCGUAGCUGCUGCGUUAGGAGACUCACGCAUGAGUUUCACGUUUGCAGAGAGGUCGCAGGGCCCGUUUGCGGGCCGCAGAGCACGCCGCUCGGUUCGUGGUUUCAGGCGAACGCCAGCCGUUGGCAGAGCUCCUGCUGAGAUCGCUGUACCGUCGCUCAGAGCAGAUGUGUGUCCUCAGCGGGGUGUCGCGUGUUAUGCAAGUGUAACGUGUGCCCUAAGGAAGAUCUUGCCACAGAGUGCAGUGUUUUAAACUUGGUGCCAAUAAGGAAAGAUUUAUAUUUUUGAAUUAUCAAAUAUCUAGAUUUGCCAGAUCUAUUUUUGUCUUCAUUUUCUCUGGCUGUCUGUCUGAAAAUCGUUUUAUAGUUUUUAACACACGGCGGUGGCGCAGGGAGUGACCCCGGCAGGGCUUUGCUGUCGACUGUGCGCACGUCCGGGGCCUGUCUCGCUUCCAGGAAUGUGAUUUGAACUCCCGGAGCAGUUUCCUAGGGUAUUUUUUUAAUAUAUUUUAUUACAUUUAAAAAGAUGUUUUUCCAUGGAAAAUCUUUCUUUUAUGAGUGACGAAUUAUAGACUUAAAAAUCGAGUGCAUUGAUUCCUGUCACCCAUCUGUGACAUCCACGGUGUCCGGCCCCCUGCCCUGCACAGCUGUGCACACCAGGGAGCCAAGACGUACAUCGCUGCUGAGAAAAACCCCAAACCUUCAUCGUGUCUGAGGACCGAGGUGUUCCCUUGCCCCGUGCCCGCCUGGUCCGGCCCGCUGUCGCCAGCCCCGGCGGGGACACCAGCCGUGCCAGCGUCUCUGGUGUGGGUUGUGGGCGUCACUGUGGCGACCCGACCUCACAUCUGCCGAGACCUUCGCGUCACAAGCGCGCCCUGCUGCCCUGCCUGCGGCGGGUGGGAGCGCGGCCGGCUGCACGAGGAGGAGAGGCACUCGGGCACACUGCGCACAGAAAGCCACCCGGACCUGCAGCGUGACUGGCUUCCAGGCCGGGACUCGCUCCGUGCUUUGGCACGCGUCUCCUCUCGGCCUGCGUCUCGUGUGUGCUGCCACGGCGUGGACUGGUCAUGCUUCCGAACGGGAAUGUCACACGGGGCAGCAGGGCCUAGAGGACUGGACGGGGCUCGCAGCCUGGAGAGCCCAGCGCGGCCCAGGCCGGCUCUGCCGUGAAAGCCUGUGAUACUCAGCGUUUGCUUAGUAGGGUAAAACCUCAGAAAGUCAAAGCAUCUCCUCGGCUUUGUGGGCUCCUGAUGGGGUUUUGUUCAGAGAAGUUUAUAGAGCUCUGAUAAUCCUGUAUAAAUCAUGGAGAGCUGCAAUACUUUUUUAUUUUUGAGAUUCAGAGUUCUUCUGGGUUUUCAAGAGGUCUCAAAAUAUUAGUGAUUGAACAAAGGCUGUUCGGAAAACGUGGUUUCUUUUUCUUCUGCGAUACACAUUUGAGUCAUGCAUGUUCUGAAACGCUAAGAACAGAAACAUUAAAAUAAAUGGCUUCUCUGGU